CGUCAUUACCAUGGCAUUUUGGGAAAUGUAUUCAUACUGCUCGCUCUCUCUCGAUUUAACACAAGACAUCUGACUAAGAAAAAAUAAUAGUUGUAAUAUUUAGCGCAGUUUAAUUUGCAACCGUUAGAGGGACCUUAACAACCAUUUCCAGGGUAACCUCAAAGCUGGGGGUAAACGCUAGUUGUUUGCUGUGCAAAACAAAAGGCCCACAGCUGUCAGUUUUGGAUAUCUGACAAUGGAGACAAUAUAUCUCGAUAAAUCAGCUUUAAAAGCAGUGGAUGAGUAUUUGGAGUACAGAAGGAUUGUGGGUGAUGAUGAUGGAGGCAGACUGUUCACCCCAGAGCAAUAUGAGGAAUACAAGAGGACGGUGCUCCCACGACGCAUGAAAAACAGGCUGUAUGUGAGCUUUGGGAUGCCAGAAGGUAUCGACUGCAAACUCAUUGGUCCGGAGACACCGUGCUUCUGCACACAUAGGUACAAGCAACAUAAGACAGACUUUGAAGUGGUUCCCUCUGAGCGGCCCCUGGCCUUACCAUGCCAGGUCAGGGGAUGUCACUGUCCUUCAUACCAGUAUGUUCCUCGAAAUGGGCCAAACCCUGUCCGAUGCAGGUGUAAACACCUACCUCAGGAUCACAGUGAAGCUACUGGUCACUUGUGCAAGAAGUGCAGUUCCUGUUCUGGGUUCCAGAGCUCCUACACCUGUGGGUGUGGCCAGCCCAGCUCUGCCCAUCAGACCCGGGUUGAGACAAAACCUGAGAGGGAGGCGCGGGGUCUGCCAGUAGGUAGGGAUGUCCCAUAUUCUGCCAUGGGGGGGUUGACAGGGUUCAGCUCCCUAUUGGACGGCUAACUCGCACUGGAGGCCUGUGGUUUAGAUCAAGACAGAGAAGAAGGCUGACAGCAGAGAAGCUCAGCAUCAAGGAUUAACCAAAUGAAAUGCGACGUUCCUCUCAGAGUCCAUCUGUCAAACUGUUAUAUUAAAUAUUAGACAAUUAAGAUUUAGCAUAUCAAACAAUUCAUAUAUAUCUUCCCCUCUGUAACCUUUACUCUUGUCUAAAACUUAAAAACAUUUUGAUUGUUUCUCAAUCCUUUUUUUUCUUCAGUGAAGUGGCUGUCUUUUUCAAUGUUGUGACACUGUGACAUAAUCAGCUGUCAGCAACAGUAGUGAUUAAACUCCACCUCACGACUAAACAAUUAUCUGACAAUGUAUUGAUCCAAUCAGAGGUUUGAAUGUGGGGAACCAUCAGCAGCACCAUUACGGUGAUUCAGAUUUCAGAUUUUUAAGACUUCUAAGACCUGAGACCUGAUCACAGUUUGACAGAGCCUGAAUACAUCUGAAUACAAUUCAAGACGAAACACCUCCUUUAGGAAGUAAACCAUGGUUAGUAAUAACCAAACCUUAUUCAAUGAAAGAAAGAUGUGGUCAUGUCUGUCAUAAAAUUCAUAUUUGCUAGCUGAUACUCUAACCAACCCUUGUUCACUUUUAUUUAUUGCCGUUUUCUAAUGCCUCAUAUCUGCCAGUUGAU